GGCAGCGCCUCUCCGAGCCCGGAGCGGCGGCAGCGCGGAGCGGACCCGCCUGCGACCAGCGAGGCGAGGCGGCUGCGGCGGGUUCUAAAACCGUGAAAUCAUGGCUCAUUCAAAGACGAGAGCCAAUGAUGGAAAAAUCACAUAUCCUCCAGGAGUCAAAGAAAUCUCUGAUAAAAUAUCUAAAGAAGAGAUGGUGAGAAGGCUAAAGAUGGUUGUGAAAACCUUCAUGGAUAUGGACCAGGACUCAGAAGAGGAAAAGGAGCUCUACCUAAAUCUUGCUUUACAUCUUGCUUCAGAUUUUUUCCUCAAACAUCCCGAUAAGGAUGUACGUUUGUUGGUAGCGUGUUGUCUUGCUGAUAUUUUCAGAAUUUAUGCCCCUGAGGCUCCAUACACUUCACCGGAUAAACUGAAGGAUAUAUUUAUGUUCAUAACAAGGCAACUUAAAGGUUUGGAAGAUACAAAAAGCCCCCAGUUUAAUCGAUACUUUUAUUUGCUUGAGAACAUUGCUUGGGUCAAGUCCUAUAACAUAUGCUUUGAAUUAGAAGACAGCAAUGAGAUUUUUACACAGCUGUAUAGAACACUGUUUUCAGUAAUAAACAAUGGUCAUAACCAAAAAGUACACAUGCACAUGGUUGAUCUAAUGAGCUCUAUCAUUUGUGAGGGAGAUACUGUGUCACAGGAACUUUUGGAUACAGUGUUAGUUAAUCUAGUACCAGCACAUAAGAAUUUAAACAAGCAAGCUUAUGAUUUGGCAAAGGCUUUGCUGAAGAGGACGGCACAAGCAAUUGAACCAUACAUUACUAAUUUCUUCAAUCAAGUCCUCAUGCUUGGUAAAACAUCAAUUAGUGACCUGUCAGAGCAUGUGUUUGAUUUGAUUCUGGAGUUAUACAAUAUUGACAGUCACCUCUUGCUUUCUGUUCUGCCACAGCUCGAAUUCAAACUUAAGAGCAAUGACAAUGAAGAACGUCUGCAGGUUGUAAAGCUUCUAGCAAAAAUGUUUGGGGCGAAAGAUUCAGAGUUGGCGUCUCAGAACAAACCACUUUGGCAGUGCUACCUGGGGAGGUUUAAUGAUAUCCACGUACCUAUUCGCCUUGAGUGUGUCAAAUUUGCAAGUCACUGCCUUAUGAACCAUCCCGACCUGGCAAAGGACUUAACAGAAUAUCUGAAAGUAAGGUCGCAUGAUCCUGAGGAGGCCAUAAGGCAUGAUGUUAUAGUAUCCAUAGUUACUGCUGCUAAAAAAGAUCUUUUGCUUGUCAAUGAUCACCUGCUAAAUUUCGUCAGAGAAAGGACACUGGACAAGCGGUGGAGAGUGAGGAAGGAAGCUAUGAUGGGACUUGCACAGAUAUACAAGAAAUAUUCAUUGCAAUCAGAAGCAGGAAAAGAAGCUGCAAAACAAAUAUCAUGGAUCAAAGAUAAACUUCUGCAUAUAUAUUAUCAAAACAGUAUUGAUGAUCGGUUACUUGUUGAACGCAUUUUUGCUCAGUACAUGGUCCCUCAUAACUUGGAAACAAAUGAACGAAUGAAGUGUUUGUAUUACCUUUAUGCAACACUGGAUUCAAAUGCUGUGAAAGCAUUGAAUGAAAUGUGGAAAUGUCAAAAUCUACUACGACAUCAAGUAAAGGAUUUAGUUGACCUAAUAAAACAACCCAAAACAGAUGCCAGCAGUAAAGCUAUAUUCUCAAAAGUGAUGGUUAUAACAAGAAACCUUCCUGAUCCAGGAAAAGCUCAAGAUUUCAUGAAGAAGUUCACACAAGUUCUAGAAGAUGAUGAGAAAAUAAGAAGUCAGUUAGAAAUGCUUGUUAGUCCAACAUGUUCUUGCAAACAGGCUGAAGGAUGUGUGAGGGAAAUAACAAAGAAGUUGGGCAACCCAAAGCAACCAACAAAUCCUUUUUUGGAAAUGAUAAAGUUUCUUCUUGAGAGAAUUGCUCCUGUUCACAUUGAUACAGAAUCUAUCAGUGCCCUUAUCAAGCAAGUGAACAAGUCUAUAGAUGGAACAGCUGAUGAUGAAGAUGAGGGUGUACCUACUGACCAGGCAAUCAGAGCAGGUCUUGAAUUGCUGAAGGUACUUUCGUUUACACACCCUAUCUCAUUUCAUUCAGCUGAAACUUUUGAAUCUCUCCUUGCUUGCUUGAAAAUGGAUGAUGAAAAAGUGGCAGAAGCGGCAUUACAAAUUUUCAAAAAUACAGGAAGUAAAAUUGAAGAAGACUUUCCUCACAUACGAUCUGCUUUGCUUCCAGUGUUGCAUCAUAAAGCUAAAAAGGGACCUCCUCGUCAAGCCAAGUAUGCUAUUCACUGCAUCCAUGCAAUAUUUUCCAGCAAAGAAACACAGUUUGCACAGAUAUUUGAGCCACUGCAUAAAAGUCUGGAUCCAAGCAAUUUUGAGCACCUCAUUACGCCAUUGGUUACUAUUGGCCAUAUAGCCAUGCUUGCACCUGACCAAUUUGCUGCCCCUUUGAAAUCUUUGGUUGCUACUUUUAUUGUUAAAGAUUUGCUAAUGAACGAUAGGCUUCCAGGAAAAAAGACAACAAAACUUUGGGUCCCAGAUGAAGAAGUGUCUCCUGAAACCCUUGUUAAAAUUCAGGCCAUCAAGAUGAUGGUUCGGUGGUUGCUAGGAAUGAAGAACAACCACAGCAAGUCAGGAACUUCCACUCUGAGACUGCUAACAACAAUAUUACACAGUGAUGGAGAUUUAACAGAGCAGGGGAAAAUAAGUAAACCUGAUAUGUCUCGCUUGCGGCUGGCUGCAGGGAAUGCUAUUGUGAAGUUGGCACAAGAACCUUGUUACCACGAAAUCAUCACCUUAGAACAAUACCAGCUGUGUGCACUAGCCAUAAAUGAUGAAUGUUACCAAGUGAGACAAAUAUUUGCUCAGAAACUUCAUAAAGGCCUUUCUAGACUACGGCUACCACUAGAAUAUAUGGCUAUUUGUGCACUGUGUGCAAAAGAUCCUGUGAAAGAGAGAAGAGCUCAUGCUAGGCAGUGCCUUGUGAAGAACAUAAAUGUCAGAAGGGAAUAUCUGAAGCAACAUGCAGCAGUUAGUGAGAAACUGUUGUCACUUCUACCAGAGUAUGUUGUCCCUUAUACUAUCCAUCUUCUAGCUCAUGACCCAGAUUAUGUCAAAGUCCAGGACAUUGAACAACUCAAGGACAUUAAAGAGUGCCUGUGGUUCAUACUGGAAAUAUUAAUGGCUAAAAAUGAAAACAACAGUCAUGCAUUUAUCAGAAAAAUGGUAGAAAACAUCAAACAGACUAAGGAUGCUCAAGGACCAGAUGAUCAAAAAAUGAAUGAAAAACUAUAUACAGUCUGUGAUGUAGCAAUGAAUAUCAUUAUGUCAAAGAGUACAACAUACAGUUUGGAAUCCCCUAAAGACCCUGUACUUCCAGCCAGAUAUUUUACUCAACCUGACAAGAAUUUCAGUAACACCAAAAAUUAUCUUCCUCCGGAAAUGAAGUCUUUUUUCACCCCUGGAAAGCCCAAAGCAGCCAAUGUUCUUGGAGCAGUUAAUAAGCCUCUUUCGUCAGCAGGAAAGCAGUCUCAAUCCAAAUCUGCACGAAUGGAAACUGUAAGCAAUGCCAGCAGCAGCUCAAAUCCAAGCUCUCCAGGAAGGAUCAAAGGGAGGCUUGACAGUACUGAAAUGGACCACAGUGAAAAUGAAGAAUUCACACUGGCUUCACCCUUACCAGGAAAGAAAACUGACAAAAGAGACGACUCUGAUCUUGUAAGGUCAGAGAUAGAGAAGCCCAGAGGAAGGAAGAAAGCCACUAUCACAGAUUCAGAAGAGAAGCUAAGCAUAGAUGACCUGAAUAAGCUGGGUCAAGAGCAGAAGCUUAGAGGUAGUCAACGGGGAAGGAAGAGACCUGCAGUUGUAUCAGAAGCUGAUGAAACACAAUGGCAAGAGGAAAAAAGGCUAAAAGAAGAUGUGAUAGAAAGUGAGGAUGAACAGAACAGUCCACCAAAGAAAGGGAGAAGAGGACGCCCUACCAGAACAAAUAAUGGGGCAACACCAAAGGAAGAACCAGUGGCAAAGUCAUCAAAAAGGAGCAAAAAAAAACAACCACCAGCAGCUGCAGUGGAAGAGGAGGAGGAGGAGGAAGAAAGGCAAACUGAAAAUAUUGAACAAAAACCAAAAGGCAGGCAAAAUAGGACAUCAAAAAGAACACAGCAGAGAGCAGAACCAUCUGAAACUAGUACAGUUGAAUCAGCACAGUCUACGCCACAGAAAAGACGAGGAAGGUCGUCACAAACACCACCAGCACAGCAAAAAAAAGUCCGGGCAGGACGUUCCAAACAAGCAGCCAGUAAAGAGAAUGAAUCCAGUGAAGAGAUGGAUGUGUUUCAGAGUGGUUCACCUGUCAGUGAUGACAUUCCUCAGGAAGAAGUAAUGGAAGAAGAGGAAGUUUCCACAAUCAAUGUCCGUCGCAGAACUUCCAAAAGGGAAAGACGAUGAGUGAGCAUGUAGUUACCAGCCUUCCAGGUGAAAGCUUUGAAGAAUGCUUUUAAUAUAAAGCUUGAGACUGAAUGAAGCUGUUAGUGCACAAAUGGGGUUGCUGAAGAAAAGACAAAACCUAUUUUACUGCCCCUGCAUUUGCAGUCCCUAGGUCACAAGCUUUAGCCACACACAUGUUGAUAUCAUUAACUGUGGAUUUUUGUGAAGUGUAAUGUGCGCUGGCUUUGUAGACAUAUGAACUAAAGAAGAAAACUGUAAAUAGUUCUUUUUUUAAUGUUUCUGACUUAUAAAGUGCUUGUAUAGCUUUUAUCUGCGGCUUUAAACUGACAGUACCCCACUGUUUAUUGGAGCGAUUGAUAUAAAAAAAGAACAGAGUUUGUUGAAAAUUGAUCUCAAGCAAUAUCUGUCAGUGUUUGUAUUUGUACUCUUGUUGACAUUUAACUGUGAAAAACAAGUCAGUUGAACAAAUAGUGCCACAUUCUUUUGCCGCUAUUUGUCGAGGAGAAGAAGAGGAAGAAAAAAAAAAAUCGUUGUUUCCUUCAUGAAUAUAACCUAGUGUUUACCUUCAGGCACCCACCUAUCGUCAGAGGUGCUAAAUUACUUUCUUUUACAGUUGAAAAAUAUUGGAUAGAAUAAUACAAGAGAUGCAAAUUUGGAAAGAAGUUUUGUUUUACACCUCAGUAUUGAUGCCAGACUUUUCUGGACUUGUAGUGGCAUUGAAAAUUCAAAAAGGAUUUAAAAUAUUUUAAUUUUAAAGGUGUGUUAUUAAAUAAUGUACUGAAUACCCUACCCACUUUAUUAUUCCCUAUCAGUUUUUAUUAAUCUACUGUAUCAAUAAAAUUCUGUAACUGAGUUUUUAAUAGUCUAGUAUGUUAAUGUGUAUAGAUAUUUCCUUCUGAACAUGAUGUUCACAAAGAGCAAAUUAUUACUACAUUAUAAUAUGAAAUCUGAUAUAUAAACAUUAGUGAAAAUACAGUUCUUAUUACAAUGUAAAGUUAAUCACAAAGAGAAAUUUUAUUGAUGCAGUGUGUCUUUAUAAAGCUGUUCUUGAGAGCCAAGUGUUUUGUAUUUUAUAGUGAAGUUGCAUGUUUAUGAAAAAUGUGCUGAAAAUGGGAUGUAAUGUUUUUUUUUUGAAACUCGUAUCUAGCAGUAGUAUAUGGUAGGUUGCCUCAUGAGAGAUCCUUUUAUUGAGAGUUUAUUGUACUUUUCUGUUCUGUUCUUGUUUUUUGAGCCAAAUUUUUUUUGGUAUGAAGAGCUAAGUUUUUGUUGAAUAACCAGCUGUCAGUUGUUACAGCAAAGGUAUUCAAGAUUUGAAUGAAGCUCCAUUUUUAUUUUGUGCUACAAUAGAGAGAGGUUGGUUUGUGCUAGGUUUUUUGGGGAGGCGGUUUUUUUGGGGGGGGGUGUUUGUUUUUGGGGGUUUUUUUUUGGUUUUUUUUUUGGUUUUUUUUUUUUAGUUUUAAUCUGAGAAAAAACAAAAGCAACAAAAUACAUAGAGCAGUAUCCAGUAUGCAGUUUAACAGUUUACAAACUGUCUUUGAACCAAAAUAUAUCAGUUACUAUACUCUGCUUAGCCGAGCACACAUCAUAAUUUCAGGUGCUGUUCUUCCUCUGGUUCCCUACAGUUGACAACACAUGAAAAAAUCAAUUUCUAACCCAAGAAAAUUUUAUUUCAUUGAAUAAUGGAGCAUUUUCACAUAAUCCAUCAAUAAAUAAGUUAUUAUCACAAGGUUGUCUGUAAAGAUUAUAGGAAAGGAUAAUACUAAACCUCAGAUUUACUGAUUUCCAAACUGUAAGAUCACUAAUAAAGCAAGCAACCCUUAGAAUUUUUUCACUAUUCAUUUUUUGGUACCACUAGGGAAAAGUAUUAUAAGCAAUUAGAUUAUUCUGCCUCAUCUUAACCUUCCCCCUCUUCCAGUACUCAGCUUUUCAACAUUUAUACCUAUAGAUACGGGGGAAAUGCUGACUAGAAAGGCAGUUAUGGUUGAUAAGAAUUGGCUUUGAAAUAGUUGGCAAAACAGAACCUGCUUACUUAUGCUUCAGCAGUGCAAAUGCAAGUUGUUGAGGGUUUUUUAUGGUAUAAAAUGAUUGAAAGCUAGCUUUGUAUUUUCCUCUUUGACAGAAUUGCACUGAAAACAUUUAUGGAAGAUGUACCUUUAAGUCAAUUUUAUACAAAAAUUAUGAAAAAUUAAUGCUGAAACUGCUGCAGACUCUUGAGGCUUUAUGUGCAUAAACAUGGUUAGGUUAAACUUCAUGGAAUAUUGAUGCACCAUUACUGAUCAUAAUGUUUAUUGUAAAUUUAAACUAUAGUUUUGCAAUUUAAAUGUUGAUUUCUUGGGUAAUAAUGCGUAAAUCAUUAUUUCUUGAGAAAUAGGCACAGCAAAUAUGUCAUUCUUAUAUUCAAACCUCUUCUAAGUUCAUUCUCAUCUCAUAUAAAGAAAAUGAAUAUUUUAUGUACUAACAUUUUGAGAUCUGCGUACAGUAGCUACAGUAGAUUAUAAUUAUGUAUAAAAGAUAAAUUGCUAACAUUCAGUUAGCAUGCUCCUCUGCAAUGAUAAUGUUAAGUUUAUAAAAAUGUACUGUAUUACAUUAAAAGAUCAAAUUGAACUCACUGUAACAAGUUCCAGUAUGACAUUUUUGUGAGAUUACCAAAGUAUCUUGCUGUACUUUGCGGCAAAUAAAGUUUUUGUUACAUUUCCUUUUCUUGCUGCAGUGCAACAGGAAACUUUCAGUGAUCUGUAGUUCAUGUGCAAAAUCUAAACAGGGAUUGUAAUCUUUAAACUAGUGUUUAAAGGUAAUUCACUGAUUCCAGAAGCAUGGUGGUUUAUUACCUGUCACAGACUGAGAUAAUGAAUAUUUAGGGCUAGCUAACCCACUAAUAGGAAAGGAAAUAUGAAAGUGUUUGAAAGUUCUAAUGUGACUAUACCUGUUCCACCUCAGAUAAUUAGAAUCCUGUAUUAACUAUACUUGACUCUGCCAAUUGACUUUAUUUUCUAGCAAAAUCGAACCCUUUUUCAAAUAUUUUGACACUUGCUGUUUUGACAUUUGGAUCUCUGUGAACAAAAAUAUUAGUUUACAAAAAGAUACUAAUAUUAAAGACAUUUUCACCAAAAAUGAAUAUGCUCAGUUUGUGAGUAACUUGCAAAAAAACCUUAAGUCUUGAACCCUAAUACAUUUUUCUGGCAUAGUUUUUGUCAUUUGAUACUCCAGAAAAGGUACCACAAAACAUGAGAGGGACGUGUGCAGUUUUCUUGCUGCUUUUAUUUGCGUGUGUGUUUUUGACAGAUUACCAAGUCUGUUUUUGUGGAACCACAGGGUAGGUUUUGGAUGCUGCAAGUUUACUUAUCAUUCACACUUAUUCCUAUCACUCUGUGGGGUUAAUUCUUGAAUUCAGUCAUCCUGUGCAAAAAGUACAAAGUCAAGAACGUUGUUUGAAUAUUCUCACGGUUGUGCACAUAGAGAAUACAAGGAUCUUAGGACAGUAGCAAUAAGCAAAAUUCUGAAUUUGUGAAUGGAAAGAUUUUACAAACUCGCCUGUGUUUAAAUAUAUACAGUGUAGAGAUGGAUACAUCCCUACCUCAUCCAAGUAGGUGCAGUACAUAUCUUAUAAAUACUUUUUAAAAGAGACACAUUCAGGUACACACUGUUUGAUCAAGGCCUCAUGUCUACAAACACAUGACUUAAGAUGAGUUCUAGAUGGCCAUCCUUCUACUCUGAUGGUUCUGUAGUGACCAAAAUGAUAAAAUUCACUUGACCAAGACCAGUCAUCCAUAAGGAGAAGCAGAAGAAUCUGAAUGCAUUCUUUUCUCCUGUUGUCCUCAGAGAUUGCCAUUCCAGUCUUUACAUCUUUGUUGGAUGUUGCCUUUACAAAAGAUGAUUACUAAUUUAGGUGCAAUAUCCUAACACUGACUGAAGCGACUUCUAUUCCACAGACAGGCAAACUUCCUGAUGUCUCAGUAGGUUUGCCCCACAUCCUUAGGAUGCUCUCUUCAUUGCAAAGGGUCCAGCUUGUGCUAUUUUGUUGAUCAUGGAAAAGUACGAAGCUGAAUGUUAGCAACUGGUUUAGAAAUACAAAAAAAUAGAAGGAAAAAACCAACAAAAAACCUCCACCUUAUUUGCUUUAAAGUUCUUAAAGAUCCGAUCUAUCCGCAGUGGUCCCCAAGUGCCACUGUAUUUGUGUGGGCAGAAUAAACAUGGUCUUGUACAGUGUGUACAGUAAGUAAAAGGUUUCAUGCUUGCAUUUUUUUUCAGUGCCUCAGUACAGUCAUGAUGUGGUUUUUAGUAGCACUUUCAUUUCUGUAAUGAAGAUGUAUAUUCGUUUUGAAUCAGCAGCGUCAAAUUGAUGUAAGAAGGAAGAAAGCCUCUAAAUACAGAUUUCUACCCCUGCAAGUAAGUAUUUCAGUGAUCACGUAGUAUGUUGGAAUUACUUUAACAUAUAGGUUCUUUGAAGGAUGGAUCAAACAUAAGGUUUUGAUUUGGCUAGCUGUGUUUCCUAUGCUUGUAUUCUACCUCAUGUAUGUAGACACAAAGGAAUGGAGUAUUUUGCAAAUCAAAGCAGUGUUACUGAACACUGUCCCUGCUUACUUGGAAGUAAUUUUGUUAUUAAAAAAGAAAUUUCAGGUCACAGAUUUGUUAGUGGUUCUGAACAGAUUCAGCGAGCUGAUGGCUUCAGAUAAUAUGUUCUGUAAUACUGUGUCAGUCUUGUUGUUUUUCAUUAUUUUUCUCUAGGUAGAAGACAAUUGCACAAGUUAUGACAUACAGUGUAAGAGAACAUGAGAACUUAGUAGCAAUAUCAAUAGCGGUAGUUGUAGUUGCUGUUACAGUAUAAAAGAUUGUGUUAGAAUGAAACAAUCUUAUCCUAAAAAGCUUUUUCUUUACUAUGUUGGGAAGACAAGUUGAUAAUGUAAAACAGUUUUCUUCUUGAUCACAGCACCUUGAAAUAAUCUAGUUUGGAACAGCUGGCUUUUUGGUAGAUAUCCUUGAAACUUGCAGGUUCUUGCGUUUCUUGUAGUGUAUUUCUAUUCAGCAAAAUUAAAUUAUUGUAAACUAAAGAUAUUUUGAAGAGGAGAAGAGUUUUUAAUCCUUAUUUAAUAAAAUAAUAAGGUGUUCAAUUUAAGGAAAGAAGUUUUUGGGGGUUAGCUUUUCUCGGGUAUGUUUUAUAGCCAUGCCUAUAGAUGCAGUAACGUGUUACAUGGGUGUGGUGUGCAUCACCAUUUUUCUGGAGUCUUUGAUCUGCAAGACACCGAAACACAAUAGAAACUGCCUUUGUGUUUUCCCCAAAAGGCAUUUACUCUUACCCUUCAGUGACCAUUUCAAAAGAUGAAUAAAUGAUGGUUUAAUUAUCUUCUGCUAUAAUCUCUGUGGUUUAGGUGAUGAAAACAACUGUGGGGCCAAGUGAGUGGUUGGGUGAGAAGUGGGGUGUUGGAGGUGGGUUAUUGAUUUGAUGCUGGAGAGAUCAGUAAAGAGUAGGGAAUCAGCAGAUACAUGAGAUAGGAAUGCAGUUUCUUGAUAUGAGAUGACCUAUGACAGGAGUGUUCUACUCAAGAUGAAAGCAAAGAUGCGGAAAGUUUGUGGUGAUGAUGUUACUUAUUUAAGAGAGGAGAACUGUGGAUGUGUUGCUCUCUCUGAUUCGGAGGAAAAUGUGUAAGAACAUGCAUAGAAUUGAGACUAAUGCCAGGAGUUUUUGUGGGAAAAGGGCGAUGGCUACUGCUGAGGGCAAAUGUUAUUAGUAAGGAAUUUGGAAUAGUUUGGCUAAAGAGGAUUCUAACCUCUAUAGGUAAGAAGUAGGGCAGCAUUAAUUUAUGUGCUAAACUAAAAUUGGGGCAAAAGAGGUCAAGGCAUAAGCCACUGGGAAACAAGAGCUUUCAAAGCUGCCUAAUAGCAGCAGCCUGCACAGGUCCACAUUGCAGAUAGCAGCAUUUAAGCAUUGGAACGAUGUUUCCUACGGUGCCUCUCAUUAAAUCUUUCAAUGUGACCUCUUUCCUUAGCAGCAUUUUGUGAAACCCUGAUUAUCUGCUCUUCCUUACUAAUAUCAGUGUACUUUCAUAGCAGCCUGGGAUGAUUCUCCCCUUCCUUCAUGUACGGAUGUCCUCUUCUACAGGACAGUGUGAGUCCUGUCCCCCGGCACUGCUGCUUUUCAUUCCUCUCAGUGGGCUCCAGCCAGCUGGGUUUCUGAAUCUUUCUGUUUGCCACAUGGGCUCUUUGCUGAGAGGGUCCUUAGUCGCUGAGUGGCCUCCUCAGAGGCAGUCACAGCAACAAGCUUGACAGAGUUCAGGAGUGUCUGGAUGAUAUUCUUGGUCAUUAAGUUUAUUUUUAGGUAGUCCUGUGAGAAGCAGGGAGUAGGACCUGAUGAUCCUUAUGGUUUCUUUCCAACUUGAGAUAACCUGCGUUUCUAAAUGCAGCUGUUGUGCUGCUUGUUUCACAGGCAUUGAGCUGUAAAGCAAAAGCAGUCCUUGGACUGCAGGGUGUAUUGAAAAAGGUGUGGACAGGUUUGGGAAUUCACAAGAGAAGUAGUAGUUGAACUUCUGCUACAUUUUGAUAUCUCACUUUCCCAACAUCUAGUGAACCAGGCUCCUUCCAAGGUUAUAGGUAAUAGUGCUGUUCCAAAAUUAGGAAGCUGUCUUACAAAAUCUGGCCUGUGUUAUCCAGUGAAAAGGCAAGUAGGGACUCCCCUGAAACAGAAGUCGUUCCCAAAUACACUUUGUUCUCUAAGUCCAAAGGUGGAAUAAUAUGAAGAGAUUUAGGCAGAGAUUUCCAUUCACUCAGUUGCAGUAGGGAAGAUCAAGUUUUGCUAAACCAUUUUUCAUAGUCAUGGAAAGAACAGGAAAAGUUACUCAGGAAGUAUGUAUCACUUCAGCGGCAUUUAAUGAUUGUAUACUUGGGUGCUAUCCUGAAAAAUGUGUGAUGUGGGCUAUGGGAUAUUACACUAAGUCUCCAUGGGAUAGUAUUUAAUCUCUGUAAAAAUCUAAAAAAUAAUUUUAUUUUUAUUUGAAGCUGCUCUGUUACUUUUAUUGUUUAUCUUUCUGUAACUGUUAUUUAAUAUCUGGUCAGUAUCCAUUGCUUGUUUUCAAUUUUGCAUUUAAACAAAAUAUGGAAGUGAGAGAUGGCCAUGACACAGAAUUGCUGUCAUUUAGUGUUGUCAUAUUUACUUUAGAUAAAAUAUUUGAUGUAA